AUGGCACAUCUCCGGAGCCUGCUCGACCGGCCAGAACCGAAGCUUGCUGCUGUUGUCCAGGCAGCCAGUGAUCUGCUAGACGAUUCUGCAAUUAGGCCAGCCUACAACCAAGGCUGGUUCAAGCCUACCUCUCCAAUGAACAAGUUCAGCAAGAGAUUAGAAGACAAAAUUGCCGGCAAAUCGCUCGAUGAGUUGGUCGAUGGCUUUUUCUGUCGCGACGAGAGUCGCGAACUCUACGGCGAGCGAGUGUCGAAACCUCGCCCGAAGCUAGAGAAGAAAACUGCCUCGAAAGAGAUGCAAGCGACGGAUGACCUCGACCCUGAGUUGCUGGCGAGAGAAAAGAGAAGACAAGAGGCUGACGAGGCUCAUCGCAUCACUGAAAAUGACAGACGAGACCGCCAUCGCGAGUCUCAAAAGGAAAGUCAUCGUCGAUGCUCCGACCUGGCUGCAGAAUGCGGUGCGGAACACGCAAAGGCCGAGAAGAAAACCAAGACUCAAGCGGGCAAAGGGCCCGGCAAGGACGAUCAGCUGUGGACGGCCAUAUACGCCCACGAGAUGGCGGGGAGGGUGGUGCAGUCGAUCAACGACCGGCGCAGGCGCGCGGAGACGGUAGUGCAGUUGCUGCUUCGGUUUCUGAUCCGCCAACAACAAGAUUUGCUGCCGGAUCGAGGAGCACGACGAAGCUCGAGCGAAUGCGGCUCCUCCACGAGCGAGUCAUUCCUCUCUCAGCCAGGCUACGUUGGACAGAAGAGGACAUGGGAUGACAUGGAGCGAGAGUCAACACGUACGUGGCCGCGGACCUGGUGA